CCUCCCUUAGCACCGAUCUUCCUGAGCACCGAGCCCCGGGACCCUCCUCAGCACUGACCCUCGGGACACUUCUCAGCACCGACCCUCCUCAGCACAGACCCCCGGGGCAUCUUUUUAGAACAGACCUCCUUCAGCCGACGACCCUCAGGACCCCCUCGGCGGCGGCGGCGGCUAAGGCUGCGGGCGAGGGAUGCGCCGCGCCCCGACACCCAGCCUUGCUAACGUGAUGACCUGACAAGAUACAGCGCAGUUCUGACUAUGCAGCACAGGGACUGAUGGGAAAGGAUCCAAUAUGAGUGUAAAUGAUGUUGGAGGCAGACGACGCUUUGAGGAUAGCGAGUACACGCUGCACAUCUACCCCGGGAGCAUCGCAGAGGGGACAAUCUACUGCCCCAUCACCGCCAGGAAAACGUCCACGGCCGCCGAGGUGAUCGACUCGCUCAUCAACAAACUCCAGCUCGAGAAAACAAAAUGUUACGUGUUGGCCGAGGUGAAGGAGUUCGGAGGAGAGGAAUGGAUCCUCAACCCCACAGACUGCCCAGUGCAGCGCAUGAUGCUGUGGCCGCGCAUGGCGUUGGAGAACCGCAUCAGCGGCGAGGAUUAUCGCUUCCUGCUGCGGGAGAAGAACCUGGAUGGCUCUAUCCACUACGGGAGCCUCCAGUCCUGGCUGCGGGUAACCGAGGAGCGGCGCAGGAUGGUGGAGCGCGGCUUCCUCCCCCAGCCCCAGCAGAAGGACUACGAUGACUUGUGCGGUCUGCCGGACCUGAACGAGAAAACGCUCCUGGAAAAUCUCAGAAACCGCUUCAAGCAGGAGAAAAUCUACACCUACGUUGGCAGUAUCCUCAUUGUUAUUAAUCCCUUCAAGUUCCUACCUAUUUAUAACCCCAAGUAUGUAAAGAUGUACGAUAACCAUCAGCUGGGGAAGCUGGAGCCCCACAUUUACGCUGUGGCAGAUGUGGCUUACCAUGCUAUGCUCCAGAGAAAGAAGAACCAGUGCAUCGUGAUUUCAGGAGAGAGCGGCUCGGGAAAGACACAGAGCACCAACUUUCUGAUUCAUCACCUCACCGCCCUCAGCCAGAAGGGAUUUGCCAGUGGAGUAGAACAGAUUAUUCUUGGAGCUGGCCCAGUGCUUGAGGCAUUUGGAAAUGCAAAAACAGCCCAUAACAACAACUCCAGUCGCUUUGGCAAAUUCAUCCAGGUGAAUUACCAGGAGACGGGCACCGUGCGGGGAGCUUAUGUUGAAAAAUACCUCCUGGAGAAGUCCCGACUGGUCUAUCAGGAGCACAACGAGCGGAACUACCAUGUAUUUUAUUACCUCCUGGCAGGAGCGAGCGAGGAGGAGAGAUCAGCAUUUCACCUGAAGCAGCCAGAGGAAUAUCAUUACCUUAACCAGAUGACAAAGAAACCCCUCAGACAGAGCUGGGAUGAUUAUUGCUAUGACUCGGAGCCGGAUUGUUUCUCCGUGGAAGGGGAGGACCUGAAACACGACUUUGAGCGGCUACAGCUCGCCAUGGAGAUGGUGGGGUUUCUGCCCAAGACACGCAGACAGAUUUUCUCUCUGCUGUCGGCAAUCCUGCACCUGGGGAACAUCCGGUACAAGAAGAAGACGUACCGGGAUGACUCCAUCGAUAUCUGCAACCCUGAAAUACUUCCUGUUGUGUCAGAGCUGCUGGAGGUGAAAGAAGAGAUGCUGUUUGAGGCCCUGGUAACCAGGAAGACAGUGACAGUGGGAGAGAAGCUGAUCUUGCCAUACAAAUUGGCAGAGGCUGUGACCGUGCGGAAUUCCAUGGCCAAGUCAUUGUACAGCGCCCUGUUUGACUGGAUCGUGUUCAGGAUCAACCACGCUCUCCUCAACUCCAAGGACAUGGAGGAAAGCACCAAGACUUUAUCCAUUGGGGUGCUUGAUAUUUUUGGGUUUGAAGACUAUGAAAACAAUAGCUUUGAACAAUUCUGCAUUAACUUUGCCAACGAGCGCUUGCAGCACUACUUUAACCAACACAUCUUUAAACUGGAACAGGAGGAAUAUAGAGCAGAAGGAAUUAGCUGGCACAACAUCGACUACAUAGACAACUCCAGCUGCAUCAACCUGAUCAGCAAGAAGCCAACAGGGCUGCUCCAUCUGCUGGAUGAGGAAAGCAAUUUUCCUCAAGCCACAAACCAGACACUGCUGGACAAAUUCAAGCGUCAACACGAAGGGAACUCCUACAUUGAAUUCCCAGCAGUGAUGGAGCCAGCUUUCAUCAUCAGACACUACGCGGGCAAAGUGAAGUACGGAGUCAAGGAUUUCCGAGAGAAGAACACGGAUCACAUGCGCCCAGACAUCGUUGCUCUCCUGCGGAGCAGCAAGAACGCCUUUAUCUGUGGGAUGAUCGGGAUUGAUCCCGUGGCUGUUUUCCGCUGGGCCGUCCUGAGGGCCUUUUUCAGGGCUAUGGUUGCCUUUAGGGAGGCUGGAAAACGAUACGUGGAGAAGAAAACUGGGCAUGAUGAUGCAGUGCCAUGUGCGGUUUUGAAAAGUGUGGAUAGUUUUAGCUUUCUCCACCACCCAGUUCAUCAGAGGAGCUUAGAGAUCCUGCAGAGGUGCAAGGAGGAGAAGUACAGUAUCACUCGGAAGAGCCCGCGGACACCGCUCUCAGACCUCCAGGGAGUCAACACCAUCAACGAGAGGAGCCCGCGGGAUGCCUAUGCAGUUGGCUGGAAUGGCCGGAUGGGGAUGAGGCACAACAGGCUUGCCAGCCCUGGCACCUUCCUGGACAAAGAUGGGAUAUUCGUCAACGCAACCAACAGCAAACUGCUGGAGAGGGCCCAUGGCAUCCUCAUGCGAAAUAAGAACUUCAAAUCCAAACCCAGUCUCCCAAAGCACUUGCUGGAUGUGAAGUCCCUGAAGCACCUCACAAACCUGACGCUGCACGACCGCAUUACCAAAUCUCUCCUCCACCUCCAUAAGAAGAAAAAACCACCCAGCAUCAGUGCCCAGUUCCAGGCAUCCCUCAACAAACUGAUGGAGACCCUUGGCCAAGCAGAGCCGUAUUUUGUCAAGUGCAUCCGAUCCAACGCCGAGAAGCUGCCCCUGCGGUUCAACGACAGCCUGGUGCUCCGGCAGCUGCGCUACACGGGGAUGCUGGAGACAGUGCGCAUUCGCCAGUCAGGAUACAGCUGCAAAUACUCCUUUCAGGAUUUUGUGAACCAUUUCCAUGUCCUUUUGCCACAAGGGAUCAGCCCAUCUAAGCACAAUAUCCAAGAUUUCUUCAGGAAGAUAAAACUCAAUCUAGACAAUUACCAAGUUGGAAGAACAAUGGUUUUCAUGAAGGAGCGGGAGCGGCAGCUUCUGCAGGACCUGCUGCACCAGGAGGUGCUGCGGAGGAUCACCCUGCUGCAGCGCUGGUUCCGCAGCCUGCUCUGCAGGAGGCAGUUCCUGAGCCUGCGGCACGCGGCCAUCAGCAUACAGAGAUUUUGGCGUAGCUACCAGAGCCGAAAAAAAGGCAAACCAUCCCCAGACCCUUUGGUUCUCAGCAAAGCCGCUGUCGUCCUGCAGAGCCACUGGCGAGGUUUUGUGGAGCGCCGGAGGUUCCUGCAGAUGCAGUUUGCAGCCCACCUCAUCCAGAGCUGCUGGCGGGAGCAUGCCAGGCGCCGGCACGCCGCGGCCACCAGCAUCCAGGCAGCCUGGCGGGGACACCGCAGCCGGCAGGCGUACACAGCCCGCAGGAGCAGAGCCGUGUGCCUGCAGGCAGCCUGCCGGGGCUACUUGGCAAGGCAAAGGUUUAGAGCUUUGAAAGAGCAGCAAUUAAAAGAGAUGCAGCUGGAGAAUGGCCUGGCAGGUAGAGAAGAGGUUGGACUGGAAGCAGAUGUUUUGGAAAUUAAGGGCUCUGACCCAUCUAAAUGGGAGGACAGCUCAUUUGAAGAGCGAGUGAGAGCUGUAGAACAGCAUAAAUCACUGAUGGAGAAUAAUCGGGUGAAUCACGUGGACCCGCUGGAUACCUCCCUGUACAAAAGGCACGAGAGAGCCAGCAGCCAGAGCGGGAUGGACACCGAGGAGGAGAUCAUAGUGAGAGAGAGGCCCAAGUCACUGGAGGAUCUCAACCAGAAAAAAGUGGUUCGUGCAAAGAGGGAAAGCCGAAGGAUGCGGGAACUGGAACAGGCAAAAUUCAGUUUGGAGCUCCUCAAGGUCCGCUCCACGGGUGGGCUGUCACCUUCGGAAGAGCAGCGCUGGGCCACCGAGUUGGUGUCCGAGGCAUUGCAUUCCCCUCAGGGAACCCCGGAGAGUGAGAGCUCUCAAGGGAGCUUCGAGUUGUUAAGCAGUGAAGAUACCUCAAAUAGUAAACUCAUUUCUUUAGGCUUAGACGAGCAUGAUGUACAGUCAUUUUCCACAGACUCCCUGCCCAGCAGUCCCCAGGCUCAGCUUCAGGAGAAGCCUUUCUGUGCAGCGGAUGGGGACAACGAUUUGUCCGGCUGCAGACAGACCCCAGCAGACACGGCGCUGCCCGAUAACCUCACCAGGAGGGAACAUGGGGUCAGUGACCCCCAGGAUGCUAUAAAGGUUCACCCAAGAGAAACCCUCCUUUCCAGCAACCUCCCAACUUUCUAUGUUCCACCACAAGACAAUGUGAAGGUGAAGCUUGUGGAAAAUAACCUGAGGAAGAAAGCAGUGGAAAGAGAGGAAAGGACAGUUAUGUUCUCCGAGGUCAGGAAGGACUCUGAGCCAGACCAGGGCAAAGCCUUAGGAGAAGAAGAGAAAGAGGAGAAACCUUCUUCCAAGAGAGAGGAACAUGGGACAGUGACAGCAGCACGGGCCCUUUCUCCAGAUUCUGUCAUCAAAAGACUGGAAAAGCUCAAUGUGGAGAAGGAGGAAAGGCAAAAGCAGCUUCAGCUGCAAAAUGAGAGGGAGAUGAUGGAGCAGAUCCGUCAGCAGAAGGAAAUUCUGGAGAGACAGCGCAAAGCCUUCGAGCAGCAAGGGAGGGUAGAGGCUUUGCAGAGGACAGAGCAGAGCAGAGUGAAGGACCCUUCCCUCAAACCAGCCAAAAAAGCAGACAGCCGGCCUCAGUCAGUCCUCAUCCUACACGCCCAGAGCAGAGGGGAGCACUGCCCCACCCCAGGCGUGGCUCCAACCUCAGCAGUGGACAUCAGGGGUCUCACUGUUGGGACCAGAGGGGGCUCUCCAGCCCACAGUGCCCCCAAAGACCGACCUGUCAGCAUGUUUGUGGAGCGAAGAGAAGGUGUGGAACCCCGCUGCCAUUCCAAACCAGCUCUGGACCCCAAGGACCACCCGGGCAGCCAUUUCUCAAGGACAGAGCGCCUCCGGCAACCUCGGAUGCCCAACCAGGCCACUGAGGAGAUGAGGGCAAGCUCCAUGUUCUUCACGCCAAAAGACAAUCCCUUCGGCCUCCACAGAGAGGCAAAUCAUCAUUGCCUUUCCAAGGGUGAACUAGCACGGAAGCCGUUUAAGAUGCCGGGGUCUGGCAGAGGCGAGGUGCCCAGACCGAGCCAUAAAAAGAAAGCCCGCAUGGCGCGGACGCGCUCCGAUUUCUUGACUAGAGGUACUUUUGCUGAUGGGGAGGGGGAUACGGAGGAAGAGGAUUACGAUGGCAGUUUUGAGUUCCUUCUCUCCUCUGAGCACCCUCCUCACGCCGAGGCAGUGCCCGCAGCCCGCCUGGGGCAGGCCUGUUACAGUGACUCCGAAAUGACCGUGCAGCGAUUCACCUCUGGGGAAGGCCAGGCCAAACUGCACAAAACCAUGUCUCAAGGGGAGAUUGGAAAGCUAGCAGCCACACAGAAGAAUCUGACUCUGGAUGGGAGGCCUCAACGAGCCAAGAUGAGGUUUUGGGUGAAGGGAAAGCAGGGGGAGAAGAAGACCCCCCGGGAGAAGCUUGCUACCCAGUCUGAGCUGCUGGAGCUGUACGCAGAGCAGGAAGCCCCUGGCAGGGAGGCCGUUCCUGGCUUGCAGCUUGGCGAAGCAGAGUUGGGUCCUCAUCACCUGACUCCCCCACGGAGUCCUGAGCUGUCGGGCAUCUACCGGCGGGAAUUCAAGGAGAACAAGGAGCCCUCUCCCAAAGUGAAGCGUAAGCGCAGUGUCAAGAUCAGCAACGUGGCUCUGGAGCCCGUGCAGUGGCAGAACGACUCCCUGCAGAUCAUAACCAGUGCCAGCGACCUGAAGAGCAUGGAUGAGUUUCUCCUGAAAAAGAUGAAUGAGCUCGACAACGAGGAUAGCAAGAAGGACACGCUGGUGGAUGUCGUGUUCAAGAAAGCACUGAAGGAAUUCCGACAAAACAUCUUCAGUUUUUACUCCUCAGCAUUGGCGAUGGACGAUGGGAAGAGCAUCCGCUACAAGGACCUCUACGCCUUAUUUGAGCAGAUUCUGGAGAAGACCAUGAGGCUUGAGCAGAGGGACUGGAGUGAGUCUCCAGUUAAAGUCUGGGUCAAUACCUUCAAAGUCUUCCUGGAUGAAUAUAUGAUAGAGUACAAACCCCUGGACUACACCGCAGGGAAGGUGCCAAAAACAGAACGAAAGAAGAGAAGGAAAAAGGAAGCAGAUGUGGUGGAAGAGCACAAUGGUCACAUUUUCAAGGCGACCCAAUACAGCAUCCCCACAUACUGUGAAUAUUGUUCCUCCUUGAUCUGGAUCAUGGACAGGGCUUCUGUUUGUAAAUUAUGUAAAUAUGCUUGUCACAAGAAGUGCUGUCUUAAAACCACGACCAAGUGCUCCAAAAAGCACGACCCUGAGCUCUCACCGCGGCAGUUCGGCGUGGAGCUGUCCCGGCUGACCAGUGAGGAACGGGCGGUGCCACUGCUGGUGGAGAAACUCAUCAACUACAUCGAAAUGCAUGGGCUGUACACAGAGGGCAUCUACAGGAAAUCAGGAUCCACCAACAAGAUCAAGGAGCUCCGGCAAGGCCUUGAUACAGACAUUGAUAACGUGAAUUUAGAUGACUACAACAUCCACGUCAUUGCCAGCGUGUUCAAGCAGUGGCUCCGAGAUCUGCCCAACCCCCUCAUGACCUUUGAGCUCUACGAGGAGUUCCUGCGGGUGAUGGGCCUCCAGGAGAGGAAGGAGACAGUGCGUGGGGUGUACUCAGUCAUCGACCAGCUCUCCCGCACCCACCUCAGCACCCUGGAGCGCCUCAUCUUCCACCUGGUCAGGAUUGCCCUCCAAGAAGAGACCAACCGCAUGUCAGCCAACGCCUUGGCCAUUGUGUUUGCUCCCUGCAUCCUGCGCUGCCCCGACACAACAGACCCACUACAGAGUGUUCAGGACAUCAGCAAAACCACCACUUGCGUGGAAUUAAUUGUCAUCGAGCAGAUGAACAAGUACAAGGCUCGUCUCAAGGACAUCAACAGCCUGGAGUUCGCAGAGAACAAAGCCAAGAGCCGCCUCUCCUUGAUCCGCCGAUCUAUGGGCAAAGGACGCGUGCGGCGCGGCACCUUCCCCAGCCCCGCAUCCCCUGUCACCGGGCGCCUGCCCUCAGUGACCGACAUCCCUGAGGACACCAUGAGCAGCGAGGAGGCCAUGGAGAUGGAGGUGACAGAGCAGCAGCAGGUGGCCAUGCAGCAGGAGGAGAAGGUGCUGACUGAGCAGAUCGAGAGCCUGCAGAAGGAAAAGGAGGAGCUGACAUUCGAGAUGCUGACACUGGAGCCCCGUGCCUCCGACGACGAAACCCUGGAGUCCGAAGCCUCCAUUGGCACAGCUGACAGCUCCGAAAAUCUGAACUUCGACUCCGAAGGAGCCAUCUCCGAUCGCUCGGAGAGAAGUGUAGCACUUACCUCCCUGCGCCCCGCCAAGGCCGAGGGGCCAAGCCGGCUGCGACGGCACCCCAGGAUGCGGCUGGAGCCGGCAGAGCCAAGUGACACCCCCGUCUCCUCCUCCUCCUCCUCCCAGUCAUCCACCUCCUGCUUGCCCCACCUGCCCCGGAAGCGCUUCCAGAUGUACUCCAAAUCUCCUUUCUACCGAGUGGGGGGACACGGCGAGGCCCCCGAAAGCCGGGCGAGCCCUGAGGGCCUGGCGGGGCCUCUCCGGUACCCCGAGGACCGGCCGCAGUUCACCACACGCGGGACCUUCAACCCGGAGAAAGGCAAACAGAAACUGAAGAGUGUGAAAACUUCCCCCCCAAAAACCAAAGAGCCCCCGGACGGGGGGCCUGGAGGGGGACGCAAGAGGAACCCUGAGGCCGAUUGUGCCGCCGCCCAACCCCUCGUCCUCCUGGGGAGCAACGAGUUCAUGGUCUGAGAUGUUCCACCCCAAGGCCACAUCCGCGCCGGGGCGUCCUCCCCAUUGGCAGUGCUCUGCUGGCUUCCUCUCUAACGCCAGGAGAUGAAUUCUUAGUUUAAAAGGCCAGGAGGGGAGGGUUUGAAUGGUAGCCUUAAUGAUUUAUGGGGGUUAAGACCUUCAGGUGGCCGGGGGGUGGACGGGGAUGGGAGGCACUGGCCGGCUCCUGGCCCUUCCCCUUGGAGCAUCCCACGUCUCAGAGCAUCCGCCGCCAAAUCCUUGUGCCGAAUCACCAUCGCCUGUUGGUAGGAGCAAACCAAGCCUAAGAAUCCCACGGGAGCAUCCCGAGCCGGCUCCACUGCAGCCAAGCCCUCCCUGCUUUAAUCACCUCAUCCACGCCAACGCUGAGUGCAUGGAAAAGUGUUAAAACCUGCCAAAAAUCACCUUUUCCCUUUGUUUUUUUUAUUUUUUAACAAGACCUAUCCACCUUCCCUCUUCUUUUUUUUCAGAGACCAUCAGUAUUAAAAAUAAUAAUAAUUAAUAAUAAUCGAGGACUACUUGAAGCGAUAUUUGUUUAUAUGCUGGUUCCUGGAGUUUCCUGUAAAUAUAUAUUUUUUUAAUUUCUUUUUAAAAUAUUUUUCCCCAGACAGAAUGUCUUUUUUUUUUUU